AUGGAUUUUUCACUCUUGGAUACAUUGCCCAUCCCUUAUCAUCUAUUUGAUAAGGACGACAACUUUAAUUUUCCGACCAAUAGUUUUAGCUUGGACUUCUUUGAGGCAGAUAGUGAUUGUAGUUGCAGUUCCUUAGAUAAUGUAGCGACCAUCAUGCAAACCAACGUCGCGUUCGACAUUUAUGCCUCCAGGGGCAAAUCUGCUAGCUCGAAGAAAUCAAGUAGGAAAAACGCUGGAGAUGCCAGUGGGGAACCUCUAAGCAAAAAGGCUCGACCAGCAGACACUCCAAUUCCUACUCCUUCCAGGAUAACCACUCCUCCUCCACCUCCUUGCACUGGGUCCUCUACCAAACAAGUGGGAGGAUCUUUGAAACAUGCUGAGGAGAUCAAAGCAUGGGAGACCAAAGUCGAAGCAUUGGAGGCCAAAGUCAAAGCAGCAGAGGAAAACGCUGCUGCUUUGAUCGAGGAGCUGAAGAAGAGCAAGGAAGAUCUAGCUAAGGCUGUUGCUGCCAAGGAUAAAUACAAGGAAGCUUCUGAGACCAACUAUAAGGAGGCAGUCAAGCUGCAAGAAGAUCAGGUCGCGAGCAUGAAGGAGGUCAGCAGACUGGAGGAUCAGGUUAAGCUGCUCGAAGAGCAGGAUGCCAAUGAAUUGGAGAGGUGUGCUGCUCGUCUGGAGGAAGAGAAGAAUGCCCCGGAGUCUCCUGAAAUUUCUUUGGCGACAGGCAUCAAUGAAGUCAAAGAGGAAGCUAGAACCACUCUGGAUGUUGUUCUGGCCGCUGUGGGCUCCUUGGGUCUUAUGGAUUUGGAGGACAUUGGUGGUGCUCUGAUUGUGGGUUUUGAGGAGGAUGAGGAUUUGAUGGCAGACAUGGAAUCCGAGUACGUGUUCGACAUAUACAGUGCCCUUGAGGCUCUCGAAGCUCCGUCGAGCAAAAAGAAAACGAGCAAGAGGCAUCCCAGGGAAAGCAGUAAAAUGCCUCAGGCCAAGAAAGCCCGCACUGUAGGCCCUCCGGCCGACGGACCCUCAGCAAAUGCAACACCACCUAAUUCUCCUCUCGAGCAGCAGACUCCCCCUGCUCCUGCCGGGUCGACACCGUCUCCACCGGCCCCAACCACCAAACUCAGCAGGCUGGUCCUGCUUCCACAAGGGGCGACAUAUCGAGUCGCGCCUUAA